AUGGCGUCGCAUGGCCCAGUGAAGGACAUCGAGAGGGUGGAUUACAGUACGAAGUGCUGCUGCCGAACCACCGACGAGGCGUAUUACCAGGCGCCGAAGCAGUACUUCGUUCGUCAUCCAACCCUCUCGCGGAGAAAACUCACCUUGACAGAACCGUUUAACGUUCCCUUUGACGCAUCCACUUUUGAAAAAGUGCUGAUAGAGCUGGAGAAGGCUUCUAUUCUCUCAGCUGCGGCUGCCGUUACGGUGGACACGGAACAGUCGGGGGGAGAUAAUACUCAGAAACCGCAAUGGAUGAAAGAUCUUGACAAGCGGCAGCAGAGGUUUUUGGCCGCCUGUCUUGGAGUAACGACCUGGGACGGGCGGGACGUGUGUUUCUACGAGGAAAAGCUGCCAAAGGAAAAUGAUGUGGUGUGGGUCAAAGUGAUUCAGGUCAAUGAUACCUCCGCUGUGGUUCAACUCCUGGAGUAUGGCAAUCAUGAGGGUAUUAUUCCGUACACGGAAAUUACGAGGAUCCGCAUUCGGGCCAUUGGAAAAGUUAUCAAGGUAGGUAGGAAUGAGGCUGCUCAAGUAAUUCGAAUUGAUAAGGAGAAGGGAUACAUUGAUCUCUCCAAGAAGCAGGUAACUCUUAAGGAGGCAAAGGAGUGUGAGGCUCGGUUUCUAAAGGGAAAUGAGGUGAGAUCUAUUGUAUGUCACGUUGCCGAUGAAUGCGGCAUUCCAGCGGCGCAGGCGAUGGAGAUGAUUGCAUAUCCCUUGUAUCGGCGUCAACCGGGGAAACAUGCGUGGGAUUGGCUGCAUGAGUUGAAUCGCAACCGCGAUGUGGAGGGUAUUCUUGGGCCUCUUCAUCUCCCAGAGAAGGCUCAGAAGUUACUGCUGGCGACAUUGGAGCACACUGUGCGGAACGAUACUGCCACCAUUCACGCUGAUAUUGAAAUGACAUGCUUUCAGUGUGAUGGCGUGAAUGCUCUGCGAGAUGUGCUUUUGCUUGGCCGUAGGUUUAAGGCGGAUCAAGAGCCCCAAAUUCCCAUCUCUGUUACUAUCGUUGGGCCUCCCAGAUACCGCCUGCGAGCCAAGACCGAAGAAAGGGAGGAAGGCAUGCGUCGUAUGAGAGAGACGAUUGAGACAAUGGCGAUUGAAAUUGCGAAACGUGGCGGGAUUUUGAGGGUGGUUCAUGGCCCCUACGCUCUUGGUGAGGAGGAACAACUGAAGGAUGAGCCAAACGACGAUCAAGACGACGAUGAUGAUGAGACAGAUUGA